AUGUCGAUAUUAAAAGAAGAUGAUAGUCCACAGCAGCAAAUAAACGAACAGUCAUUAACACAAGAACUUGAAAAAAAUCGAGAAUCACUUAAACGAAAAUUACAAACACGUCGAUCACUUAAACAACUUGUUGAUGUUGGCAUUAUGCCACCACCUAAAGCGCCACUACCAUUUUAUGAACAACGUAAACAAUUACAAAUGCGAAAAACACAAGAUAUAUUAAAAAAUAAAAUAAUAUCUCGUCCUGAUCGUCAAUUAUUAAUCGAACAUAAUAUUUUGUCAGAUACAACAGCAGCACCAGCAAUACAAAAAACCCAACGUCAAUUAAAACGUGCACGUUUAGCUGAUAAUCUAAAUGAUAAAUUAGCAGCACGUCCAGGAAUAUUAGAAUUAGUUGCAAAUAAUAUUUUAGAAACAGAUCCAAAUCUUAAAGAAGCUAUACAAGGUGGACGUAUUAAAUUUCCAAGUACAAAAUCAACACCCAUAUCAACACCUAUUCUAACUACACCAGUUUUUUGUUCAACUGAUUCUCAACAACAACGACCACUCCGUCCAAAAACAUCGUCAUUUUCUAAUACAACUAAUGGACAAUCGUUUUCGUCAAUUACAAAACGUUCAUUAACAUCAACAUUAAAAGCAAAAUCAAGUUUAACAUUUCAUGAAUAUAAAGGACCAUCACGAAAAGUUGAAGUUACAAAAGUACCAUUACAACCAACACCAUCCCUUAUUGUACAACCUGUACAAGCAACACUUUUACCACUUGUACCAUUAGAACAUGAUAGUACAUUAAAUAAAAAUCAAUAUCGAAUACAACUGAAACAACAACAAUUAUUUCUUGAAUUACUUCAUGAUACAAAAUCUGAAGAUAAUGAUGAAGAAAAUAUAAAUAGUGAAAUCAAUCAUGAAGAUAAUUUAAUUGGUAAUCUUCUUCAACAACCAUUUGAUGAUAGUGUUAAUAUUUUAUCAACAAUAACGGAUGAUAUUCAAGCAUUUGAAAAAAUGAAAGUAACUGAUUUAAAAAAUGAAUGUAGAAAAUUAAAUUUAAGUACAACGGGUACAAAAAUGAAAUUAAUCGAAAAAUUAAGAAACGCUAAAGUGAAAAUGUCAGAUAUAGCGAUUGUACCAUCACCGACAAUCAAUACAGAACCAUCUUUAACUCAAAUGAUCAAUACAUCAACUUCAUCUGUUAGACUUUUAAUGACUUUUAAAAGUGAAGUAGUCAUUCGUACAUGA